UCACAGUCUAUAGUCAUGGUGUCCAAAGUUGCUCUUCUUCUCGCCGUGCUGGUGUGCAGCCAGUACAUGGCGCAAGGCGUCUACGUCGUCUCCAAGGCGGAGUGGGGCGGCCGUGCACCCAGCUGGACUGUAGCCUUGGGCAACUAUCUCGGCUACGCCAUCAUCCAUCACACGGCCGGCUCCUACUGCGAGACCCGCGCCGCGUGCGGAGCUGUCCUACGCAGCGUCCAGAACUACCACAUGGACUCCCUGGGCUGGCCCGACAUCGGCUACAACUUCCUCAUUGGCGGCGAUGGCAGUGUGUACGAGGGCCGUGGCUGGAACCGCAUGGGUGCCCAUGCCGCCGAGUGGAACCCCUACAGCAUUGGCAUCAGCUUCCUGGGCAACUACAACUGGGACACCCUGGAGCCAAACAUGAUCGCCGCUGCCAAGGAACUGCUCAACGACGCCGUCAACCGUGGCCAGAUCAGCUCCGGAUACGUUCUCUACGGCCAUCGCCAGGUCAGCGCCACCGAGUGCCCCGGCACCCACAUCUGGAACGAGAUCCGCGGCUGGUCCCACUGGUCCGGCUAGACUUGCCCACUGAAAUAUCAAUAAAAUUAAUAGGAAACUGUAAUUCUUCAAUGA